AUUAAUUGUACUGGGGCUUGUAGUCUAGUGACCCUCCAUCUUUUCUUUUCACAUCAUUUUUAUUUCUAUUUUCCCACAACAGAGGCUGUGAAAGCUGUGGAUUUGGAAAGAUACAUUCAAGAUAUCCCUCCGAGAUCUCAGAUAUCAGGUGCAAAAUGUCCUACGUGUUCAUCAGUGACUCCCUGCAGACCACGGUGCCUCUGCUACAGGCCUGUAUCGAUGGGGACCUCGCUCACACUAAACGGCUCCUGGAGUCCGGAUCCGACCCCAACACCCGGGACUGCCGCGGACGCACCGGACUGCACCUGGCUGCCGCUCGGGGGAACGUGGAGAUCUGCUCUCUGCUGCAUAAGUUUGGUGCUGAUCUGUUGGCCACCGACUCACAAGGCAACACGGCACUGCACAUGUGUGGGCAUGUAGAGACCAUCCAGUUCCUGGUGUCCAACGGCCUCAAGAUUGACAUCUGUAAUCACAACGGAGGCACUCCUCUGGUGCUGGCCAAGAGACGCGGUGUGAAUAAAGACGCGCUCCGUCUGCUGGAGGGGCUGGAGGAACAGGAAGUGAAGGGCUUCAACCGCAGCUCCCAUUCCAGUCUGGAGAAGAUGCACAUGGCUGAGAAUGAAAGUGCCAUGGAGAGCCACUCUCUUCUCAACCCACAGCUGCAUCACGGCGAUGGCGUGUUGUCCAGCUUCCGCACUACAUGGCAGGAGUUCGUGGAAGAUCUUGGCUUCUGGCGAGUGCUCUUGCUGCUCCUCGUCAUUGCUCUGCUCUCCCUCGGCAUUGCGUAUUACGUCAGCGGCGUCUUACCUUUCACAUCUAAUCAGCUGGAGCUUGUGCACUAAUAUGAAAGCUCAUUAAAAACAUGGUUUUUUUGCAUUUGCAUUAGCUGAUGAUUGUUUCUACAGUAACCACGCUUUAAAUUGUAAUCAUACAUUAUGUGACUGAAUUCAAAAAUAUUUUUGUGUAUAUUAAUGUAAAUAGACCUUUCUUGUUUGGUUUUUUUUUUUUGUUUUUUUUGAUUGUGUGUUAGGAAGAAUAUUUUUAUUGCCUUUUCUGCAUCCGUUCAUGCUGUCGUUUCUGUACCGGCCCACAUCAACACCUUUUUAAUUUUAUUUAAAUUGUUGGAUUUACACAUUAAAGUUUUGUGAUUGCACAAAGUGUUUAUCAUGCAGUGUGUGAAAUUAGUUUAGGGGAAUUUCUACAGUUUGUUGGAAAUAUUAUGGCCCCAUGAAACAAUGCUGAUUUUAUGUAAAUAUUAACUCACUUUAAUGCACAAAUGGUUUUCCAUACAUUAACAAAAAAAAUAAUAAUAGUGAUAAAGCACUUAACAGACAUUUUCCCAUGUCACCAAUCAUGUUUUCUCAACUACAUUUGGAAAUAAAAGACACAUAUACGUUUAUAAAUGA